AUGGCUGUGUGGGCAGCCCUUCUGCUGGCUGUGCUGCUGCUGUCCCACCGCCCUGGGGACACAGCAAUCCUGGAAGCCAACAGCAACCUGAGCUGCCGCUGCCUCAGGAGCACUCGAGCCUUCAUCCCUCCUGAGAGUUACAGCAGCAUUGAGGUGUGGCCCGUGGGGAGCAGCUGCCGGCGCCCCGAGGUGGUGAUUAAGCUCAAGAGCCUGAAGAGGGUCUGUGUGGAUCCUGACACGCCGUGGAUGAGGAAACUCUUGCAGGACCUCCCUCACCUGAGGAAGAAAAAGGCUCCCCGCUGAGGAAGCUGCCACGAGAGGCAUGGCCAGAUGUGCUGGGCUCAAAACUGCCUCCCUUCCCCAUCCUGCUGUUGCCUUACCCCAGUUCUGAGGGAAGCAUGCCGCUGCCUGAGCCCCUUUUAAUGCCUUUAAACCCUUAAAAAUGCCCAUCCCUGCUUCCAGCCUCUCCCAUCCUGUAGCCAU